AUGAAAUUAGUAAGUGGUUUUCGUACUCCUUCAAUGGAUAAAGCACCUUAUCAAGUAUCAGUAAGAUACUUGGGCAAUCACAUUUGUGGAGGUAAUAUCAUAACAAAGUAUCAUGUUUUAACAACAGCAAGUUGUAUUGCUGAUUAUCCAAAUGUAUAUUAUGCAAAUUUAAAAGUUCUAAGUGGUACAACUGAUCAAAAAAAUGCUCAUCAACAAGGUACAAUUCACGAUGUAUUUUACAUAAUAAUUCAUGAAGAAUAUAAUCCUCAAAAUUCAUGGAUUCAUGAUUUAGCUAUUCUACGGAUUACAGUACCUUUUGAUUAUUCAAAUAUUCGUUUACCAGUUCAAAUGGAAUCCACCAGUGCUGCUGCUGACCCGACAAUUGUUCGUACAUCAGGAUGGGGACAAAUUACUCUCAAAUCACCAGUUCAAAGUACAAGAUAUAUGCAAACAUUGAAUUUAAAAAUUUGUGCACUUCUUGAAUUUUUAAAAUACUGGAAAGAUUAUCAUAUUUCAACUUAUUAUCAAAAUUGUGCUUCUAUGGUUUUUCCAGAUGCUGCUGUUGGAAAGGGAGAUGGUGGUAAUGGAUUGAUUGAUGGUACUGGAAAAUUAGUUGCUGGAUAA